AUGAUAUCUCACUUGCUUUCCCUUUCUCUAUCCCUCUCUAUCUAUCUAUCUAUCUAUCUAUCUAUCUAUCUAUCUAUCUAUCUAUCACAAUGUGUUCAUAUCUAUCACAGUGUGUUCAUAUCUCUCUAUCUAUCUAUCUAUCUAUCUAUCUAUCUAUCUAUCUAUCUAUCACAGUGUGUUCAUAUCUAUCUAUCUAUCUAUCUAUUCAUCUAUCUAUCACAGUGUGUUCAUAUCUAUCUAUCUAUCUAUCUGUCUAUCUGUCUAUCUAUCUAUCACAGUGUGUUCAUAUCUAUUUAUCUAUCUAUCUAUCUAUCUAUCUAUCUAUCUAUCACAGUGUGUUCAUAUCUAUCUAUCUACCUAUCUAUCAUAGUGUGUUCCUAUCUAUCUAUCUAUCUAUCUAUCUAUCUAUCUAUCUAUCACAGUGUGUUCAUAUCUAUCUAUCUAUCUAUCUAUCUAUCUAUCUAUCACAAUGUGUUCAUAUCUAUCACAGUGUGUUCAUAUCUCUCUAUCUAUCUAUCUAUCUAUCACAGUGUGUUCAUAUCUAUCUAUCUAUCUAUCUAUCUGUCUAUCUGUCUAUCUAUCUAUCACAGUGUGUUCAUAUCUAUCUAUCUAUCUAUCUAUCUAUCUAUCUAUCACAGUGUGUUCAUAUCUAUCUAUCUACCUAUCUAUCAUAGUGUGUUCAUAUCUAUCUAUCUAUCUAUCUAUCUAUCUAUCUAUCUAUCUAUCUAUCACAGUGUGUUCAUAUCUAUCUAUCUAUCUAUCUAUCUAUCUAUCUAUCUAUCUAUCUAUCUAUCUAUCUAUCAAUCACUGUUCAUAUCUAUCUAUCUAUCACUAUCUAUCUACCUGUUUCAGAUUAAUAUCUAUCUAUCUAUCUAUCUAUCUAUCUAUCUAUCUAUCUAUCUAUCUAUUUCUAUUUCUAUUUCUAUUUGGUCACAUCUAUCUACAUUUGUUCAUCCUUGCCUGCCUAUUCCGUUUCUUUUUCCUGGUGGCGUAGGGCCAAGAACAGCCAAAAGUUUUCCGUUGUCAAGUCCUUCCACCGACGACAGCGAGAAUGUUGUUUCAGAUUGGGGUGUUCUUGGAAAUAUUGGUGAGCAUAUCUAUUUGUUUCUUGCACAUCCUCCCCCACAUGAUUUUGAUUUCUCUUGUCCUGAUUUCGUCUACCACGGGCUAGAGCCGGCUGUGGAGCAUGACCAGGAUCAACAGGGCCAGGCCUAUGCACAGUGGGUGCUGCAGGCAUUGCAACAGACCCACCAGGUGUUGCAGGCAUUGCAUUAUUUACUACUCCGGCGGUGCCUACACCGGCGGUGCCUACACCUACGGCCUGACCAUCACCUUGGCCAUGAUGAACAUUCACGUCAACAUCACCUUUCACUUUCACGACCAUUACCAUCCUCCCGCCCGUACUCGGGAUCAUCAGAAUCAGAAUUUUCGCUAAAUCGAUCUGAUUCAGAGUCAUUGUCAGCAAAUAUUUCUGCCAAAACAUCUUCCGCAGACAGCCGCGCUGCUCGUUUCAUGGGCGCCGCCAUCUUGGUCGAUUUUCCCGUGUACAUUUGCACGCAGUGUAUCAGAGAGCCGAUUAAAUGUUCUAAUGAAUUUCGAAUCUAUCUAUCUAUCUAUCUAUCUAUCUAUCUAUCUAUCUAUCUAUCUAUCUAA